AUGUCAUAUUACGACUCGAACGGCCAGUGGUCCACGGGCCAGAACAACUGGGAUCAUCAGGUGCCUGCUAUCCGUAGCGGCAUGUCGGGUCGCUCGCCAUCUCGACAAUCCGAGACGGGCUCGGAUAGUUACACUUUCAAGGGUGCCAACGGUCCCACGCCCCAGGACGAGUUUGCCUUUUUCUAUCAAUUUGAUGAGGUUGAGCGAGCCUACGAGAACCUUUCCAAGAGCGGAAAGGCAUACGGCGCGGGUUCCCGACACCCCCGUGGACCCGUUGGAAUGGGCGGCUCCCGAUCCCAUGGUGGAAGUGAUUUUGGCGACAACCCCCGAGGCCACCCGCCCUCGAACCUCCAAGGCUUCUAUGCUACUCAACGCCACCAACCCUCCCGUGGCUCCAGCGAGGCAGAGCAGAUGAUGCAGGCGAAGAGGCGGAUGGCAGCGCAGCGGGAACGAGAGCUCCGAAACCUUCACACGGAGCAGCAAUAUCAGCGAACUGUUCUCUCCGAUGUUUCCUACGGACCUAAGAGCAUGUCAGAGGAGGAGACCCGAGACCUGAUUGCUCGCCAGAGGAGUGCUCUCUACAAGGAGGGCCCCUUCGCCGAGAAGGGUGGUUAUGUUGACGAAAAUGGCGUCGUCCGAUCCGGUGUCCCUACCCAUAGCGGCCCGGCCAGCCUUCGUGGUGCCUCUCCGUUGACUUAUGACGCGAGCCAGGACAUCGGAUCCCGCCCCAACAGCACGGCCAGCCCCCAGUCGGCCGCUCCCGGCUCGAAGUCGGCUUUUGAGAGCGCCAUCGGCCAGCCCGCCAACAGGACCACCUCGGUUUCUCCCGGUGGCUCCCCGUCGCGCCAGGACGGACCCGGCUCGAAGCCGAACCAGACCAGUGCAACCGUUGCGCCCAUUGGCACCCGGCCUUCCGGAACUCCUGCCAACAACGCUUCCGUCAAGCGAUCGACUACCCCUCUUGCCUCCCCUGGCGGUUGGGGCCGUGGCGGGUGGCCCCAGGCUUCUGGCCUCGGCGGCCAGGCCAGCGUCUGGGCUUAA